AUGCACACCGCGAUUCUUACCGUAAUCGCAUUUCUGAUGCUUUCUCAAUACGCCGAGGCAUGGCAGAAAAGCGAAGGUGAGAUCGAUUCAAUUUUCAAUCUUUCUAUCCCUUGAUAAUUACUUUUAAAAUGAGUUUCACAGUCUUGAAAAUAUAAAUAAUCUUCGAAAAGAGAUUUCUAAAAAGUCUUCGGAAAAGUGGGGCUUUCAGGCAAGAAUCCAAAACUUCAACGUCAAAACUCUAUUGACCUUGACGAGCAGGACAGCAAGUCUGGGGAUCACGAAACGACUCAAGAAGCUGAGGCUCUCUACAACUUUCGCGAACUCAAGUAAGCUAUUGAAAAGCUAUCGCCAGGGCAUAUUUUGCUCGAUUGAAAUUGAUCUUCGAGUUAUGAUUUUUAAUUAAUUUACAACAAUCCUUCAAGCCACCGUAAAAAUUAGUUUGUGCGGAGUGCUGUGCGGCCUGGGACGGCCCGACUCGGGCUUUGGACACACUUUUCGCAAAAAACUUGCGCGGGCUUAGGCCAGGCCAGCCUCCGAAGGAAAAGCUUUAUCCAAAUUUUUUUACUUUUUAUGUCAUAUUUUCUGUUGAUAUCUUAGUGAUAUAAGAACCAGAAACGCGAUUUUUGUCUUUGAAAAGUCUAAAUCUUGACUUGGAGAGCAUUUUCUUUUUGAGACGGUUCUUCGUGAAAAUGGCCGAGGGCCGAUAGGCUGAAGGUGGGUGUGAGAAAACUUGAACAAGGACAUGUUUUUCAAAAGGAAAUAUUCUAACCUUUCAGGCCUCUGAUGAUGCGACGGAGCAUGCAGUCGCGGCUCGAGUGCAUCAUAAACCUGAGAAGUUUCGAACUGUGCCGCAACCUUCUGUGA